CGCUGAGUGAAUGUGCGCCCUGAAGCUAAGUCACGGACUCUUGCCGGAUACCAUCACCGACGGGAGACGUCGUUAGUACUUCUCUCGGACCAAGCAUUACUGUCGGUGGCACAACACCGGCGCAUCAGACCAAGGGUCGCUGCGGACAACCAUCGGAGGCAGACCACAAAAAAUACGUCAUACCAGCUAACACUUGGCUACGCCCUGGAUUCUAAGCGACGUUCGCUUCUUACCCCGCAACGGAUCACGUAACGCGCGCUGAAAGGAGGGAGCGCCAGCCGCCAUGUCCUCGGAGCUGAGCGGCUUCCUGGAGGUGAAGGUGCCAUCGCGCGUCCGCAAGAGGGGGCUCACUCCUUGGAAGGCGUGGCGGCGGCAGUGGUGCGAAGCGCGGCCGGCAGCUGAGGAAGGCGCCGUUGAGCUGCAGUUCUCCGCGACGCCGGGAGGUGGCAGCACCAACACAGUGCACAUUCCGCACGGAGUCGUGCUCUGCCGCUCCGAGUCCCGGUCCCGCCAGUUUGCGUUCGGCGUGUACGAGCAGCCGCAGGUGGAGGGCCGCUCACACUCUCAGUCCCAGGGCCUGGGUGUGGGUGUGGGCACGCCGCGGCGACCGUCGCUCUUCCUGGCCACCCCUAACGAGGCCGAGACGCAGACCUGGAUGGCGCACAUCCGCGCGCUGCUCGCCAUGGGACGCCCGCUGCCUGCUGCAUCAAGACUAGGGGAGAGCGACUUCGCGGUGUCACUGAUCGACAAUGCACACGCGCGUGCUGCCGGCCUAGCGGGCUACCAUGGCGUGCUGAGUGUGACACCAACGCACCUGGUGCUGCGUGACCCCUUCCUGGAGGAGGUCCGUAUGCGCAUCGACUGGCGUCAGCUGCACCAGUGCCACGUAGCCGCCGCCACCAACCCUAGCGACGAGAAUCGCAUCUGCGUCCUACAUACCAGCAGCGCCUUCUGUGCGGGCGCGGGACAGCUGGUGCUGUGGUGCGGGUGGCGCGCACCACGGCUGGUGCAGCGCGUCGUUUCUCGCGGCUGGCGGCCGCCGCAGCGCCUGCUGUCCUCGCCGCUGCCCACACCGCCGUCUGCACCGCCUUCUCUACCGGCCGCUGCCACCGCGCCCGCAUCCACCGCCGCCUCUAUGGCCGGCCCACUGGUGGCACAGUCCGCCGUGUGCGCCGGCCUGCGCGCCGCCAGCCGCCGGCUCAGCCGCAGCGAGAGCGACCUGCACUGCUGCUGGGCAGCCGACGACAGGCUCGCCGGCUCCCCACAGCGCGCUGCUGCUGUCCUGCUGCGCACGCACUCGGGGUCGCGCGACUCUGGCGUGCGAGUCUCCACCGCUUCCGACGACUCCAGCACCGGCCGCGGCAAGAUUGCGUCGAGUCUAAUAUCUGCUGGCUUGGGGCUGAUGUUCUCGACACCAGGCUGCAGUGAAGUUGACUCAGAAUCUUUGCAUGAGUAUCAACAGAUUGGAAGCUUUGACAGUGAUGAGGAUGAUCAGGACCAGAUUCGGUAUGGGACAUCUCCGAGGAGGGAGUCUGGUAUUUCUGUGGCAUCUGGUAUAUAUGAGGAAAUUGAUGAAUCUGAAGUAUCAUCACAGAGUCAUUACGAGAAUCCUGUUUCUUUACACUGGACAACAUUAAUGAACAAGAGUGCCCCUCUACCUCCUCCACUGCCCCCACGGAAGAGACACGACUGCCGCACUAUCUGCAGUGUACGGAGUGAGGAGACAUUAGACGACUGCCGACCAUCGUCGAGGCUGGUUUCGUCACAAGUGGCCCUGAGAUACACUGAACGGCAUUCUGCAUCCUGUUCUGCUCUUUCUGACACUGAACCUGGAUACAUGCCUAUGUCCCCUCGCAUUCCAGUAACAGCAGCAGCUGAAGAACAGCUCUACAUGCCUAUGGCAAGCAUUGACAUAUCAUGACAUUUUUGUUUAUGGAGUAUAGUACUGCCAAACACUCCUGCACUCUCCAUCCCCAGGGUAAUUUUGGUCACUCCAAUUGAGGAACUAUGAAUUUAUUAGUCUUUCCACAAACUGACUUUAUUUUUUGUAUAAUUGAAACCCUUUUGAAAAUAUGAGUGUUAAUUUGUGUGUCACCAGCAAUCAUUGUACACUCUUUUUCAAGAACUACGUAGUUCUCUGUGAUAUCUCUGGAGCUGAUGCAACAGUAGCUGGGUGUUAUCUUUUUGUCCACCCUGUCCAAAUAAUGCAGAUUUUAAUCAAUCCAAGAGCGGACCAGGGGAGGGGAGAUUCUUUUCAAUCCAUGAUGUACUGUUUCAUUGACAAGAAAAAGUAAAGCAAUUGAUAGUUGUGAAUUAAUGAUAAUGUGUUAGCAUAUUUCAUCAAGUAUAUAAUCACAUUUCCACUUGUGUUUACGCUUUCUAUGUGGGAAUACUCAACCUUGUUCUUUUGCAUACAUGUACUGAGUGUGUCCAAAGUACAUUUCAUUGCAGAAUGUAAUGUCUUUCAUCUUAAAGCAGGAAAACAGUAGAAAAAUAGAAGAUUCAAGUACUGUAUGAAUAAAAUAAGAGAACUCCACAGAAAGGAACUUUGCAAUAGGCUUUCAAGGAAUACGGAUAUUGUAUGUUGAAACUUUUUCACUUAUUCAGUCUUCAGAACAUUUGCAGCAUGCGAGAUAUAGUAACCCAUUUUCAGUAUUACCCUUUCCUGUGUAGAUGUCCUUUCGUAAAUACAAGACAAUAUGAAUUAUGCAGAUCUCUGUAGCUCCUAGAAUUUUUAAUUUUGUAUUUGAUAGCCAGAGAAAUGCUGUAAAAUUUUAGGAGAGGAUAUGUCACAAAAACUUGUUUUUACAAAUGUGUGUCACAUAUCUCAGUUUUGAACAAACCUGCAGAAAGCAAAACAUUUAACACCGAUGGAAAGAAAUUCAGUGUAUGCAGUGCUGAGAAGAAAAUAUGUGUAUGAAGAAAGAGGAUUGAGUACCUUCAUGUUUGUGUCAUUUAAAGGGAACAGUAAAUAUGUUUGUGACAUUUUGUUUUGUUUUAAUUUGUGUGUUCAUCUCAUAGUAUUUGAUUUAAAGGCUUAAACAGAUGGUGUAAUGUGAUUAGUACAAAGUGUGGGUGGAUGAAGCGCACAAAUAUCUUGCAGAUCUGUAAUUGUCAGAGUUAUCAAACUGGUGAUGUUGAAGUAAAACCAUAGUGUUGAAUGAUACCAAAAAAGCAAAAUGUAAAUCAUAACAAUGUCUUUUUUAUGUGUAUACAGAAAAUGAAAUAAAUUUGUACAUUUGUUGCAUGAA